UUCUGCAGUACAAAGUUUGAAACAAAAUCAGGACUCAACGGCAGCGGUUGCUGGUGGGGUGUCAUCAGCGGUGGUGCUUGUAGCCUUAGGCGUUGUCAUAGGAUUCAUCAUAUAUAAAAGGAAACAUUUUACAAGAAAGGAUUCUGGUACACAAAACCAAUUCUCACACUUAGACAGAGCUCUUAAAGAGAAUUCAAAUACACAGCAAAGGUCAAACACACAUGCUCAUGUAAACAGGUCGUACGAAGCAGAAGAAGAAGAAACAAAUAUGUGUGCACCAGGAGGCAGUGACUACUACAGUUUCGGUGAACAGUUUAUGGGAAUCAGGGUUCAUGAACUGUGGGACUAUAUUCAUGAGAAAAUGGAAAACAACUGUGAAAAGAUGUUUGCGGAAUUCAAGACGUUACCACAAGGUCUCGUGCAUUCAUAUCAGUCAGCCGAUAACAUUGCAAACAAAGGAAAGAACCGGUACAGGGAUAUGUAUGCAUACGACCAUACUCGUGUUGUGUUGGAAGACGAAUUUGAUAAAGAAGAUGGGAAACAUACUGACUAUAUCAACGCUUGUUACAUAGAUGGCUUUGAAAAGGUGAAAAAGUUUGUCGCAUCACAAGGUCCUACAAAGCAGAUGAUUGACGAUUUCUGGAGAAUGGUUUGGCAGCUGAAGUCUGACAAAAUAGUUAUGCUCACCAACCUGAUUGAGAUGGGGGCGACAAAGUGUUUGCAAUACUGGCCAAAGGAAGAAGAAGAAGAUGAGUGCACGUAUGGCAACGUUGUUAUAAAACUCCUGAAAAUGGACAAAUACCUCGACUAUAACAUCAGAUAUUUUGAAGUCAGAAAAAAUGGCGAAGCAUCCCGGAGAAUCCGACAGUUCCAUUUCAAGUCGUGGCCAGACAAAGAUGUUCCUGACAGUACAUGGUGCCUCGUCAACUUCUGGAGAGCUGUGGAUACUAAUGCUCCAUCAAAGGCAGGGCCAAUUGUUGUCCACUGCAGCUGUAUAUUUUUUCAAGUGCUGGAGUUGGAAGAACAGGGACCUUUAUUGCCCUAG